GCCCACCUCCUCCGUCCCAGCGCAGUGACGUCAGAGGGAAAGAAGAUGGCGGUUGUGUUGAAGGCGGAAGGGUGCUGCAGACAGUGUGGGCUGCCUUGUGUUGUGUAAAAACCCAUCUUGCAUGGAUCCAUCACCAUGAGCAACAAGGCGAUGGUUUCCACGGAGACAGAGAAUAAAGCUCAGAGAAAAGUGUUCCUCCCCAACAAGUUGCUGGAGUGUCUUCCUCGCUCAUCCAGUCUGCCUAAUGAGCGACUUAGAUGGAACACUAAUGAGGAGAUUGCCUCUUAUCUAGUAUCAUUUGACAGACAUGACGAGUGGCUCUCCUGUACACUAAAGACAAGGCCAAAGAAUGGAAGCAUCAUUCUUUACAACAGGAAAAAGGUCAAGUAUAGGAAGGAUGGUUAUUGUUGGAAGAAACGGAAGGAUGGGAAAGAUACGAGAGAAGACCACAUGAAGCUUAAGGUCCAGGGCAUGGAGUGCCUGUAUGGAAACUAUGUCCAUUCCUCCAUUGUGCCAACAUUCCACAGACGCUGCUACUGGCUUCUACAGAACCCUGACAUCGUCUUGGUCCACUAUCUGAAUGUGCCAUCCCUUGAGGAUUCUGGGAAGAGCAGUCCACUUCUGUGUGCCAGUCGCCAUGACGGUGUGCGUUGGAGCCGAGAUGACCUUCUGAACCAGCUCAAGCCGAUGUUUCAUAGUAUGAAGUGUUCGCUUGACUCAGGAGAUUUCAGCAUAGAGGAGUUAGUACAGAAUAUCCUGGACCGGCAGAGAACCAAACCACAGCCCCGCACACACACCUGCCUCUGUAACACCGCCCAGGUGACAUCAGGAAUGAACAUUCCUCACCGCUGCAACAGCACCAAGCACCGAAUAAUCUCUCCAAAACUGCCCAUUUCACCUUGUAUUCCCCCCACGACCCCGCGAUGUUCUGAAGUUGGCGACGCAGGUGGAGGUGGAGUGGAGGCUAAACUGCCUCACUUUAAGGCACAAUGCAGCCCCAGCUCCUCUCCCUGCCCCUCUUCCACCGCCGCGUCAUCGCCCCCGCAGCCUCACAGAGCAGCAAUCACUUUAGCUAACCAUGGCAAUGGCUUCUACAGCAAACACAGUGGCAACCUAGCGACAGUGGCCCUACCCCAGAAUGCUGUCAUUGUUAUGGCAACUACUUCCACUCUGCCACAGGGAGGUGGUAGGCAGGGUGGAGUGGGCGUCGCCAAUCAUGAGCACGCAGGUCCAAGAAGGAGCUUGUCACUUGGUCACUCCCGUCAGAUGUUGCUUUCUCCUGCUCUCCCUACAGCUGAACCUACAACCGCUGUAAAGCCAGCUUCUUCUCCACCUCCUCCCUCUUCUUCUCCCCAGUCUUUUCCACCUACUGCUCCAACACCAGGGGUCACCACUGUCUCCCUCACACUCCUGUCAUCCCCUGUAAUUGGAAGCCUACUUCUCACCCCUACCCCCUCUACACCACUCUGCUCUCACCCACCUCCACCAACGGCAGUUUCCCCACCAUCUCCUUCUUCCUCACCUUCUCCACCUUUGUCAUCCUCAUCUGUCACUCCUCCUUUUGAUCCUGACUCUUUUCUGAACUCUCCAAAGCAAGGUCAGACAUAUGGUGGUCCAAUCCUUACAUCAUCCUCAUCUCCUUCUCCCACCCUCUGCUCCCCCUCAACUCACUGUUCACCUUCCCUACCACUUUCCCUCUCCGACACUUCAGUUGCCACAUCUUCUGUGUCACCUCCAUCCUCGCUCUCCUCUCUGUCUUCAUCUUCCUGUGAAGCUGAGAGGAGAAACUCCUCGUCCUCCAGUUCCUCUUCCUCUCCUCCUUUACCUUCGCUACCUCCCACCCAUGGCCUCCCCCUUUCACCUACAUCCUCCGUGACUCCACAUUUAGUUCCUCUCUGUCUGGAGCUAGAAGCUCUGGGAGAACUAGAUGGCGCAAGCGAUACCCCGGGUGAUGGAGAGGAAUUAAAAGACAGGCCUGAUAAUGAAGAUGACGAUGAUGAAGGAAGUGCUCCGCCCACCAAGCUGGCUCUGCUGCAGUCAAAUGAUAACGCCUCCCAGCCAUCAUCACGACAACAGACAGGAAGUCACCCCAAUCCACUGCUGCUGACCUGUCAAGACUCGAACCAGCCUUCUCAACAAAUCACUGAGACUCAGCAGCACCAUUCUGAUGAGGACUUACCAAUCCUUCUUGGACCUAGCUACUCUCUCAUGUCUGCACCUGAAGCCCCAGCCUCUUCUGCACUAUCCCACUCACCACUCAUUAUGUCCCCAAAUCAGUCGUUUUCUAAAUCAAACAUGACAUCCUUGAGCCUGGAGAAUCCAGACACCAACCCUGGACAUUUUGCUGUCCCCAUUGCAACCACAGACCCUGCAGUACCCCUGAUCCAGGUGAAGGAGGAGGGAGGGCGGAGCUUUGACAAUGAUGACACAGCCAUGGAUACCCACCUGGAGGCAGAGCCCUGUGAUCGUGGAGGAGAUGAACUAGAGAUCUCCUUUGAUAGCCAGUUUCCUGACCUCAUAUCUGACCUCAUGACAGAGGAUGUCAACACUGUGGUGGCUCCUCCGCCUGCCCCGAACCCCACUGUGUUUCCAGCAGGGAUUCGCUACAUGGUGCCCCCGCAGCCCUUACCCUCCUCUUCUUUCCUUCCCUUUCCUCACCCAACAACGGCUUCAUCAUCUUCUUCUCGCCUCGCCACCAUCACAGACUUCUCUCCUGAGUGGUCCUAUCCAGAGGGUGGAGUGAAAGUUUUGAUAACAGGACCUUGGAGCGAGCUGUUUGGUCGGUAUUCAUGUGUGUUUGAUCAGAGCACAGUCCCAGCAUCACUUAUCCAGCCUGGUGUCCUCCGUUGCUACUGCCCUGCCCAUGAAGCCGGCCUUGUGUGUCUCCAGGUUCUGGAGUCUGGGACGUCCAUCUCUUCCUCCGUUUUGUUUGAGUACAGAGCAAGGAAUGCCAGCUCACUGCCCAGUUCUCAACUGGAUUGGCUGUCACUGGACGACAAUCAGUUCAGGAUGUCCAUCCUGGAGCGAUUGGAGCAGAUGGAGCGCAGAAUGGCAGAGAUGGCUGCACGCGGCGACAAUCAUCAACAGCAGCAUUCUUAUCCGCAUCAUGGCAACCAGCUUGCCACGCCUCCUCCUCCACCCUUACCUGACGACCAGGCACAGUCAUCACAGUGGUUCGAGAGAAGAAUAGUUGGAGUGUGUGAGCGGAUGAUGAGAGGCGGGAGAUGGAGUGGGGGUGGCGAAGAAAGACUUCAUCACUCCGUCCGUCACCGUGGGAUGACGCUGCUUCACCUGGCUGCAGCACAAGGAUACACACACCUGAUACACACACUGAUUCACUGGAGGCGAUUGAGCAGUGACAGUUUGGACCUGGAGCAGGAAGUCGAUCCUCUCAACGUUGACCACUUCUCCUGCACACCGCUGAUGUGGGCGUGUGCCCUUGGUCACCAAAGCGCAGCAGAGCUCCUGUACAGCUGGAACAGUUUGGCGCUCGGCAUCCCCGAUUCGUUGGGUCGUCUGCCACUGGCUGUGGCUCGUUCCAGAGGACACACACGUCUGGCCACAGCUCUGGAGGAGCUACACACACAAACACAUAUGAUGUCAAGAGACACAGGCUCACCGCCAUCUGACACGACUACACCAGUGACCCCUCAGCCUCAACUCCCACUGUCCCCUCUGUCCACCAGUCCAGACACAGGUUUAAGCUCCUCCAGCAGCUUGCUUUCUCCCAGUGAUCCUUCCUCUCCCUCUCCAAGCUCCGCCUACUCCAGUGGCCCUGCCCCUAUGGACACCUCCCCUUCCUCACCCUCUUCUCCUUCCUCUUCUUCUUCUUCUUUACCUGUCUCUCCUCCAUCCCCCUCAUCCCUCCCCAUGUCAUCCAUGUGGGGCGAGGAGUCAAACUCUGGGCUCAGUGCAGGUUUGAAUCCUGGGGCAUCCAGAGACUCUCACCUUUACCUCAUGGACUAUGAGAACACAUGUCCCUCCUCCUCAAGUCACUUGUCUGGAGGUCGACGCUCUCAUGUGGCUGCAACACUGGAGGAGCAGCUGCUCAGUUACAGUGAGAAUGCAGAGAAUGAGGAUGAGUACUUGGAGGAGGAGGUGCUGCAGGUGGAUAUGGCCACACUAGCGGAGCAAAUCAUAGAGGCGACUCCUGACCGGAUCAAGCAGGAGAACUUUUCCAGAGGUGCAGAGUCACCACUGCGAGAGAGACGGGACAAUCCGGCCAUACAUGACCCGUGGUUGGCCACUUAUUUGGACACAGUGGACACUCACACACAGUCCCCUCCCAGGCGGUUGUGCCCUCCCUCUCCUCUCAGUGCAUUGGCCCUACAAAGGCUGCGUCCUCCGUCCUCUGCAGCCUGGGCAGAGUUCCUCAAUGCAUCAGCCAAUGGAAAGAUGGAGCGAGACUUUGCCCUACUGACCCUGACUGAUGGCGAGCAGAGGGAACUUUACGAAGCGGCCAGAAUAAUCCAAAAUGCCUUCAGAAGAUACAAGGGUCGGAGGUUAAAGGAGCAGCAGGACAUGGCCGCAGCCGUCAUACAGAGAUGCUACCGCAAAUACAAGCAGCUAACAUGGAUAGCUCUGAAGUACGCCCUCUACAAGAAGAUGACCCAAGCAGCCAUCCUGAUCCAGUCCAAGUUCCGCUCAUACUACGAGCAGAAACGCUUCCAGCAGAGCCGACGGGCCGCAGUACUCAUCCAACAGUACUAUCGCAGCUACAAGGAGUACGAGAGGCUGAAGCAGACGCCGCGAGCUGCUGCCACCCACAAUCCCAAAAUCAAGGGGUCGUUCUUGACGAAGAAACAGGACCAAGCCGCGCGAAAAAUCAUGAGGUUCUUAAGACGCUGCAGACACAGGAUCAAGGAGCUGAAGCAGAUGAAAGAGCUGGAGAGGCGAGGACUGACCACCUAAACCUCUUCAGGUUCAGGAAUGUGAAGGUUUACUCUGACAAGCCAGAAAUGCACUGACUGAUGAGGUGGAGGAAGGAGUCUUGCCUUACUCCGCAGCGCUCCUCUUUCUUUCCUCAUAUUUUCUAAGGACAGACCUCCUCUUGUACCUUAUCUUGUCUGCGACUCCCCCUUCUGGUUGAAUGUAGCUGCUUGACUGCAGCUUUCAGAGCUCCAUUGAAACACAUCACACCGGGUUUUCCACUCAGUGGACUCUUGCCGGCAGCAAAGUCCAAACUGCUUUUCUUAUUUUCUGAGAAGGAUUGCGAGUUGCUCCCAAUCCUUCUCUUUUAGAGGCAAUGCGGUUGUCUACACCGUCUACUUUAAUGAUGUACAGGAUGGUGACAAAUCUACUUAAACUAUAUUUAAACACAAUCACUCAUUUACAUAAAUCUAUAUAUAAAUAUAUAUAUACAUAUAUAUAUUCUAAAGUGAAACUUUAUAGAUGCUUUCGAUGUUUUUUAUUUAUUAACGCAUGAGCCGUUGUGCGUGAGCGUGUGUGUACGAGUGUGUGUGUGUGUGUGUGUGUGCAUGUACGUGUGCCGCCAGACUGUAAGGCCAAGUCUUAAUGAAGUCCAGCCUCUGGUGGGUCACUGGUGUCCUCUGACCCCUGAACCCCAGUGCUCAGACAACACAAUCUUAAUGGUCCGCGAGACGUUUACUGGUUAGUGUUAGUACAAGCAGAAAGACGACUGAAGCAGUGUGAAGCUGUUGGAUGCUGCUGUGGUUUCAAUGGCGAAUGACAGUCUGACCUCUGGGGAGGUUUCAGGCCUCUGAGUAGCUUAUAUGCUGAAAACACUCCUGUUUCUUAAUAUUGCUCCAGAAGGCUGAUGAGCACUUUUGUGUCUGUAGCUCUUGUUUUUGUCUGCUUCUCUGCUCCUCGUGUGACAUUCAGACAUGACUGACGUCCAUGACUCCGCACAGCUGAUGUGCGCGCCCUCCAUUCACAGUUGAAUACAGUUUGUUUGAUGAUCUCACGUCUAAAAUUAUCGUACUUUAGUAAUUAUGGAAUCCUCUUUCUGUGGCAGUUUCGGUCCCAUAUCAGAUAAUCACUAUACAUACUAUGACUACUGAGAGUUAUCCACAACAUCGGUAAAAUGAUCUCUUUUUGAAGAUGAACUCACGCGAUCGAACGUAUUAAAAUGAAGUGGACACAUCAAAGCACACUGGUAACAAAUAAAACAUGGCGUAUUAUUCACAUAAAAAUCUCAAAAUGGCUCAAGUCGCGCAUUCUGGCCAGACGUAUGAAGAGACAGGCCGCUGCCGAUUGGAGAGAGAUUUACUACUUGAUGAUUUAACUGUGACCAAUUCAGUGAAUGACAAAACCUUCCCCUCCGUUUCUCUAUCACUUGUUGGCUGCCGUGUAGUUCCGUGGGUGGCCACCACUGCUGUCAAGUAUCAGCAUGACUUUCUACCAGUUUUCUUCUGUUUCAGUCCCAGCCGAUCAAUCGACCGUUAGUUCCGCUUUUGCUGUGAAGUUUGCAUGAGUUUGUGCUUCAUUGUUGAGAUUCUAUCAAACACCCAAAACUUCUGCCAGUUGGACAAAUAAAGCUGUUGGUUUCUC